AUGUUGAAGGGAUUUCUACUCGGCCUCGCCGGUGUCGUAGUCGUCGACUCGAUGCCGGCUCAAACUCAUGGCCAGACUCUCACUGCCGGCGCUACUCCAGGCGCAACCCCAGACUUUGGCGCGGGCUCAUUUGGUGUCAAUCCUUCGAAGACUGUGCCCAAUAUUGUGAGCGAUUUGGUGGACAAUUUGAUACCUUUUCACCCCAAGACUCCAAAGACCACGACCGAGGAGCCCAAGAACUCGUCCACCUCAUCUAGCACGACAACACCCGCUACCACAUCUGUCGGGACCACCGAGACCGACACGACUAAGCAAAACACAACGAAGAAUUUCAGCCCAGCGACUACUUCAUCUACUAUAGCGCCACUACCAACUGGAGUGAAAGAUGUCGUCAACAGUCUUGACAAAUCCAAGAAGAACAGAGACUUAGCGAUUGGUCUCGGUGUUGGAUGUAAGUACACCAAAAUGGGGCGCCCCCUUGCCCUGACUAAACCCCCCUCCUCACCAUGGCCAUGUCAUGUGGGAAUGUAUACCACAUUGGGAGUUGGUGUUCCGGCCCCUGCGGGGCUCUUCGGCUGGAUCUCAAAGAUGUGGGCAUCGUCUAAGGGCGACUCAGACGUUGCCACUACCCUAGGAGAGGCCAUGCCACGAAUGAGACUAGGCGAAAUCCCCGACUACUCAGGUGCUAGCUCCUACAGCUACUCUGAUCUGACACGCGAUUACCAUGACUUUUGGGGUCGGCCUGGGGAGAUAGAUACCGACUUCAGCGACUUAGACUUCUAUGACGAGUCCAUCUCGUCCGAUCAAAUAAUUGAACGCUGGAUUGACCAGAUAGAAAAAGGUGCCAGCAAAGGUGGCUCUCCUCCAAGUGGCUCUACUCCAGGGGGCUCUACUCCAGGAGGCUCUCCUCAGAGGGGCUUUCCUCCAGGGGGCUCUACUCCAGGGGGUUCUACUCUAGGUGGCGGUGACGACGGUUCGCGCGGCGACGACGACGACCGUGAUAGAUGGGGAGAGGAGUCUAGAGGCGAGAGUCUGGGAAGUCAUGUAUCUGAUGCAUUGGACAGGCUUUACCAAACGAUGGCCGAACAUGGCUACGAUCAUAACGCGGCACACCAGGCCCUCCACAGGUUCGGCCAGGACUUGGCGCGGGCAGAAGCUUCAGUGGCACGGGAAGAUCUCCUCACAGGACCUGGCUCUGGAGGAUCCGGUAAUGGUGGAUCUAACGCCGCCACAGUGGUCGAUCAAGCUGCUAAUGCGGCUUUGAGUGAGGCUUCUCAAUGGAGGCAAGUAAGAUUGGAGGGGCUUGUCAAGAACGCGGCGGAGAAGGCGGCAGGUGCCUAUUCCAAUGCCGAAAGAUUCAAAGCUCUCGAAUAUGCUGGAGUUCCUGACGUUGUUGUCCAGCCCACUUGGAAUGAUGUGGCUGAUGCCAUGGAGGAGGCGCGGCCCCGCGGAACAGAGGCCGUGUAUGAAGCCGCCCUCAACACCAUCGCUGACCGCCUCACGAUGCGAGACGUGGAUUUUGCAGAGGCAGGGAAUGUCGCUUGGUACGAAGGGAAAACACAUAAGGCUUUCAAGGAAGCCCUGAGCACUGCAGGGUUUGUUGAGGAUUCUUUUGACCGCACGAUAAAACACGUGGGUGAUGCCAUCGAUUCGGCUACUCACAACAAUGCCGACCCCGUCUGUGCUGCGAUCCGCGCGGUCAGAGAAGCUGCGGCGUUUCCUCCGAAUGUCAGAGAGACCAGAUCUUGGAGUGUCAACGCCCCUGAUGAGAUCAAAAAGGCCCUUCUCGACGUCCUCAAAUCCUCGCACAACUUCUGGCCCCGGUACGCCAAUGCUAUGUAUGACGUCUUGAAGAAGCUCGAGAACAAGCCGCAUUCCAAGGUUCUGGAUGACAUGCUUGCCGAUGGACCACCACCAAAGAUGGCUCCUUAUAGGGGUAUCUACUAUCCUUACCGCCGGGGAACGAUUCCAGGCCAUGGCGUGGAACCAGUUCCAGUCACGCCUGUCGAAGCCCAUCGAGAUUUCAUAUAUGCGAAUUCGACAGCCCCCUGGUUCUGCGGAAAUCAUACGCACUACUCCCUCAUGGUAUCUGCCUCUGAAGACAAGGAUGUUGUGGCUGACGGCCUUCGAAACUUGAAUGAUGGUCAAGAUAGGAGGGACCGCUAUCUUGCCCGGCUGAGAGAUAAUCAAGACAGAGUCGCUAAGCUGGCGAACGCGGUGCCGAUCGCGCUUUGCAGACUGCGUCUCGAUCCGCACAUGCCGGACUAUCAGACCCCUGCGACGAUGGGAUACAAUCGCACAUCUCACGCAUUGCUGCGGAUGUGGAAAUCGGUUCUUCAGAGCAAGAGCAUUCGAAUUGACGCUGGUGGGGUGAAUGAUUGUGCAAACCUGACGUCAAAGCAAUUCUCCGAUGUCAAAAGCAUGUCCAACCAGUCGCUGUACGAGGCCACGGACAAAUACCACCAGCUCAAGAAAACCUCGCUCGAGAAGCUUGCGAGAGACGAUCAUGUUUUGUUCCAUUGGAUCCGCACAUGGUCGGUCCCGAUCGUGCAGUGCAAGCUUCAGCUUUUGCUGAGAACACCUGACACUCCCGAGGAGGAUCUGACCAAGUAUCGAACCUCCAUUCAGAGCAUGAGCGAAGUUGCGCAGAAUUUGUAUGACAUCAAUGCAGCAGCACCGAUACCGACGGCCCCACCGCAAGAUCCGAUCCACCUUCCAAAGCUGGAGUGGCCCUUCGAAGGGCGCGGUUGUCCGUUUCGCUGGAAGUUUUCGGGACCUCCUAAAGGGGACGGGCCUGAGGGGACCAAAGAAGCGGUGAAGUUUACAGACCAAGUGAUCGACCAUUUGGACACUUUUCAGCAACGCCGGGGCGACUAUUUGCAGUACAUGAAGGAGCACGAAAACGAGAUCGUCAAAGCUACGGAGGCCGUGGAUGAGAUGCAAUGUCUUACCCGUGUGGGGUGGGGUCUUGACAAGAAGCUCUGGCCGAUACUUCAAGACAUGUCGCUGGCACUGCGAACACUCUUUUUGGAACUCCACGCUCCCGCCGCUGAUCCAGCAAAGACACCAGAGUUCGUGGACGUGGAGACGCCGACCUCGAAGCUUCACAUGCGUGAGCACCCUUUCUGCCCUGACUUCAGGCAGCAUGGAGAUUUGGGCAGUUUGGAGGACCCGAGGUUUAUGGUUCUUCUCUACGACCCUCAGAGGAAGGAUGAGGAAUAUCGUCGUGCUUUUGAAGGUUUCAAGAAGCUGGCCUUUGAAUCUAUGGACCUUUUCAAAAAGUACGGCGACGGAUACCUCCGGUACAUGCGAUCACGCCCUGAAGAACUCGCCUUGACGAUUAAGGUGUUGAAAGACAUGGAUUGCGCCAUCCGUGGAGAGAUCAGAGAUCGGUUCUUGGAACAGAAGAAGAAAGCUUUCUCGCCGUUCCUGGAUACUAAAGAGAAGGUUGAUCAUUACACCACUACACUGCUGAAGAUGUUGAAGGCACUGCAACAACUAGUGACCAUCACAAGGCCAACCAGUAUGCCAGAGGUGUUCAAAUUGUGUCGCGUCCGCGAUGGGGAACUACAGUGCCCUCUGCUUUAG